GAAAGUUUUAACUUAUAUAUAAAGCGGCGUCCGUCCCUCCCUCCCGCCUUCCUUCAAUUCGAUCUCAUAAUAAUCAUCUAAAAAAUAAUUAGCUUCUUUCAUUCCUUCUUACGAAAACACACACAGAUAUGGCUAUGAACGUGAACUACUAUGAGUUGAUCAGUUCUUUGGAGAAGGAGCUGGACGAAUGGAGGAAGACAUUACAUGACCCUUACUCUCCGGAACAUACUUUGCUAUUUCACAAUUUUGCCGAUAACACUGCUAAAAUUCCAGAAAACUACAACGUCGAACGGAAUCAGUUUGGUGGAGGAUCAUAUAGUUUCCAUUCAUGUUAUAAUUGUAAUAAUAUUGCAAGAAACUGCAACUACGAAUAUCAGUGCUUCUCUACACCGAAUCGUCCAAAGGACGUCUUUGUACGCAUGUCUAAAACGCAUGAGGGGUCACUUGAACUUCAAAAUCUGAUAAAGAAUGGGAAUCCGAGAAAUAGGCAAGAAGUUCUUGAUGGGAUUAUUAGAUGCAUAUUUGAGGUGAUGAUAGAUCCACAUGGCCACCAUCUCUUCCGAAGAAUACUUGAGUUUUGUGAUUCUAGACAGAUGGACACCAUCUUUGUAAACCUGAUAUCAUGCAAGGAGUUGCUUAUCAACACAUCUCUUGUGCAAUACGGGUCAAGUGCAGUUCAAAGAUUUAUCAAAAGACUUAAGAACACUGGGUUGGGACAAUUCAUUGCAAUCAUCCUUUCCAUGAGAUUUGUUGAUUUGAUGACUAGCAAGCACGGUAGAUUUGUAGUUCAAGAGUGCUUUUACACCUUCGAGCCUAAAGAAAAUGAGGUUUUAUUCACUUGUGCAAUCUCUUACUUGAAUGAGGUGGCAACAACACAAUAUGGAUGUUCAUCCUUGAAUGUAUGCUUGAAUUGCAUUACUGGUGCCCAAAGACAACAAUUGCUCAAAAGUAUUGCAGAAAAAUCUGAUUUCUUAGCUAAUGAUCCUUAUGGGAAUUAUGUUGUCCAAGAAGUUCUAAUGCUUAGAAAUGAUGAGCUCACACAAAAAAUAUGUGACUGCCUCAAGAGAGAUUACCUACGUUUGGCUUUUAAAAGAAGUGGAAGUCGUGUUGUAGAAAAAUGCAUACAAGCUUCAGAGUAUGCACUGGAUUCGGUAGUUGAGAGCCUUCUCAGCAGUGAAAAGAGCUUAGUGCUACUUGCUCGUGAUCGAUUCGGAAAUUAUGUUAUCCAAACAGCUCUUCAGACCGCAAAGGCAAGUAAUAACAAGCAUUAUGAAUCUCUUGUCUCUGUUCUUAAGGUGCAACGGUCAGCUCUUUCUCGUACCAAACUUGGGAAGCAUAUAUUGAAUCACGUAGAAGAUUUGUAAAACAAUGUGGAAAAUGUCUGAUCUGAUUUUUUAAUCAUUUCAUACUUAUUGAAAUGCAAGCCUGAAAACUCUGUUCGGAAAGUUGAUUAGUUGUUAAAUUACUAAUAUUAAUUUACGUGUGCACGUUUAAGUAUGCACGUUUAUGCUUUAUGGUGAUGAUGAGUGAAAUGAAAAGCUUCUCAAUGUAUCCUACUAGUCUUCCUUUUU